UCCCCGGAGCGUGUCGUGUCCCUGAUGCGCGGCGCCGCCCCCGCCGUCCACGAGCACGUCACGGCCCUGGUGGGCCUGUGGGGCGAGCUGCUGCUCAAGGACAUCGCCCAGCCCGUGGCCAUCGAGCGUGGGGGUUGCUGCGGCGACGCUCCCGCCGCGGGCCCCGAGUGCUUCCCCCUGACUUCCGGCUCGGGCGCCAACGCCACUUGCAGGGACUACGUCCGGUCGCUGCCCGCCCUCCACGACGACUGCCACUUCCAGCACCGCGACCAGAUGAACGCGGCCACGGGCUUCCUGGACGCGUCCGCGUUGUACGGCAACUCCGAGGAGGAGGCCCGCAGCCUGCAGGCCGCCGAGGGCGGACUCGUCGUCCUGGAGAACUGCAGAAUGUGCCAGGCCGUGGGCUCCGGGCUGUCGACGCUGGCCUCGCUCUUCCUCCGCGAGCACAACCGCCUGGCCGUGCGCCUGGCCGCCCUCAACCCGCACUGGGACGGCGACACACUGUUCGUCGAGGCGCGGCGCCUGGUGGCGGCGCAGCUGCAGCACAUCACGUACAGCGAGUUCCUGCCCACCGUGCUCGGUGAGGUGACCAUGGAGUCCUGGGACCUGACGCCCCGCGACCGCGGCCACUACACUGGCUACUCGAGCGGCGUGCACGCGGGCGCGCUGGCCUCCGUCGGCGUGGCCGCCAUGCACGCGUUCCGGUCCAUGGUGCCGCCCGCCCUGGUCAGCAACACGACGAGCCCCGGCCGCAUGGACGCGCUCAACGAGCAGCGCUUCACCAGGAUGGUGCAGGCCGUGACGGGGUCCCCCGCGCUGCAGCCCAGCCUGCGCAUGCCCGGCCAGCAGCGCCAGCAGCGCGCCGACAACCACCAAGACAUGGACCCCGCCGCCCUGCUGCUGCACCGCGGCCGCGACCACGGCCUGGCGGCCUACCCGAACUGGCUCAGCUUCUGCACCCAGGGUGUGCCACUCACGGACCCCGUCGACUUCUCCUACCUGUCAUCCCACCCUGGACUCUUCACUGAGGACCGCAUUCAGAAGCUCAAGUCCGCCUACAGGGACGUGCUCGACGUGGACCUCCUGGCCGGCGCCACGCUGGAGACCCCUGCCCAGGGGGCUGUGAUGGGCCCCACCCUGGGCUGCCUGCUCGCGGAGCAGUUCUCCGUCCUGCGGGCGGGCGACAGGUUCUGGUACGAAAACGACAUCCCUCCGUCCUCCUUCUCGCGAGCGCAACUCGACGAAAUCCGGCGCGUGACCCUGGGCGGCGUCAUCUGCUCCAACACUCCGGACCUGUCCGAGCUGCAGCCGCAGGCCUUCGUCCGCGAGGACCCCUACCUGAACGUGCGCAUCGCCUGCGGCCUGCAGCCCUCGCUGCAGCUGUCCUCAGCCUGGAAGGACGCCCGCGGCGCCGCCAACAUCCCCGAGAGCCUGGUGCGCGAGGCGGUGCAGCGCGCCGAGAAGGAGCUCACGGCGCGCCAGCAGUUCGAGUACCGCACGUGGGCCGACAAGGGAGGCAUCGACCCCAAGUCCUCGCAGGGCACGGCGGCCGCCUUCUCCAAGGCCAACAAGGAGGCCCUGCACAUGGCCAACUCGUCCCUGCUGUUCGAGUACGCCUCCGAGGAGCUGCUCAACUCGCUGACGAGCUCUAGCCCCGCCACCGGCAGCAGCCGCCAGCGCCGCCAGAUCAUCGAGAACCUCAUCGGCUUCACGAGGGACGACAUCCUCAGCGGAGACGGACUGCAGGACAUCGACGUGCGGCCGUUCGUGGGCAAGCCCCCGACGACCUUCGACGACAGCAUGUGCGCCGCGCCCGUCGCGGACGACACGCAGCCCUGCGACCCCACGUCGCCCUUCAGGACCUUCAGCGGGCACUGCAACAACCUGCGCAAGCCGAGCCUGGGCAAGAGCCUGAGCACGUUCAACCGGCUGUUGCCACCCGCCUACGAGAACGGCGUGUCGCGGCCCCGCCUCACGUCCGUGACCGGCACGCCGCUGCCCUCGCCGCGACUCGUGUCCACCAUGAUCCACGCCGACAUCAGCAACCUGCACACGCGCUACUCGCUCAUGGUCAUGCAGUUCGCCCAGUUCCUGGACCACGACCUCACCUUUACCCCCGUGCACCGAGGCUACUUCGCGUCCAUCCCCGACUGCCGGUCCUGCGACUCUGCCCGCACCGUGCACCCCGAGUGCAUGCCCAUCGCGGUGCCGCCGGGCGACCACUUCUUCCCGCCGGCCAACCAGAGCACCGGCGAGAGGCUGUGCUUUCCCUUCAUGCGCUCGCUGCCCGGCCAGCAGCACCUCGGGCCGCGCGACCAGAUCAACCAGAACACGGCCUUCCUGGACGGCAGCAUGGUGUACGGCGACCAGGCCUGCCUCGGCAGGGACCUGCGCGCCUUCGGCGGCGGCCGCCUCAACGUCACGCUGCACCCCGUGCGCGGCAAGGACCUCAUGCCCCAGAGCCCCCUGCACCCCGAGUGCCGCGCGCCCUCCGGGUACUGCUUCAUCGCCGGUGACGGCCGCGCCAGCGAGCAGCCCGGACUCACGGCCAUCCACACCGUGUUCAUGAGGGAGCACAACCGCCUGGCGGACGGCCUGCGCGCCGUCAACCCGCACUGGGACGACGACCACCUGUACCACCACGCCCGGCGUAUCCUGGGCGGCGCCAUCCAGCACAUGGCCUUCAACGAGUUCCUGCCGCGCAUCCUGGGCUGGAACGCCGUCAACCUGUACGGCCUCAAGCUGCAGCCGCACGGCUACUACAAGGGCUACAGCCCCACCUGCAACCCGGCCAUCCUGAACGAGUUCGCGUCCGCCGCCUUCCGCAUCGGGCACUCGCUGCUGCGGCCCCACAUCCCCCGCAUGAGCCCCACCUACAAGCCCAUCGACCCGCCGCUGCUGCUGCGCGACGGCUUCUUCAACCCUGACGCCAUCUACCAGGCCCACAUCGUGGACGAGAUCAUCCGAGGACUGGUGUCGACGCCGAUGGAGAACCUGGACCAGUUCAUCACCGGGGAGAUCACGAACCACCUGUUCGAGGACCGGCGCAUCCCGCACUCGGGCUUCGACCUGAUCGCCCUCAACAUCCAGCGCGGCCGCGAUCACGCCAUCCGGCCCUACAACGACUACCGCGCGCUGUGCAACCUGAAGCGCGCCACGUCCUGGGAGGACCUGUCCCGCGAGAUACCCGCGGAGGUGAUUGCGCGCCUGCAGCGCAUCUACCCCACCGUGGACGACAUCGACUUGUUCCCCGGCGGCAUGUCCGAGCGGCCGCUGCAGGGCGGCCUGGUGGGCCCCACCUUCGCCUGCAUCAUCGGCAUCCAGUUCCGGCAGGUCCGGAAGUGCGACCGAUUCUGGUACGAGAACGACGACCCGGCCACGCGGUUCACUGAGGCCCAGCUUGCCGAGAUCAGGAAGGCCACGCUGUCCAAGGUCCUGUGCUCCAACCUGGACGCGGACGGUGACAUGCAGCGCUCCGCCCUGGACCAGCCCAGCAACUUCCUCAACCCCCGCCUGCCGUGCCACUCGCUGCCCUCCAUCGACCUGACCGCGUGGCGCGAGACGCACCAGGGCUGCAACAUCGGCGGCCGAAACGUGGCGGCCGGCGAGUCGGCGCUGCCGUCGCCGUGCACGUCCUGCAUCUGCACCGAGGAAGGGGCGCAGUGCGCGUCGCUGCGGAUCACCGACUGCGGCCAGCUGAUGCGCGAGGCGAGCCGCGACUCCAUCCUGCGGGACGACGUCUGCAUGGCGCAGUGCGGCUUCCUGCUGGACCCCGCCACCGCGGCCGCCUCCCCCGCGUCGGGCCUGGGCGGCCUGGGCCCGGCGUCCGGGCCUGGCUCGGGCCCCGGCACGGGCCCUGGCAUCGAGUUCACCACGGCGCCCAGCCGACGGCCAGGUGCCGGCCGGCAGCUGGACCUGCUGGCGCCGCCACCCUUCCGCAGGGGCCCUUCCGGGCCGCCGCCCCGCGCCGCGCGGAGGAACCCCCGCGUGCUGCGGCCGGGGCCGUCGGCGCCGGGCUUCUCGGGGCUGCGCAUCCCUGACUUCUCCAUCCUGGGCUAA